AUGUCGCGGACCAAAUCAAAACCGCUGAAUCCAAUUUCUACGGCGGUGCACGAAUGGUUCGAUGCCUAUUCCCCAGGAUCACCUUCUCUUGGGGAGAGUGUAGACACUCUGGUGGCAGAGGCACCGAAAAGAUGGGUCACAUAUGAGCCAAUGGUCCUGCUCCCCAGUGGCAGCUUCACCUCGCCAACUUGGAAGAACGUCCUUUCAGCGGUCUCUUCGGAGUGCAGGAAUGACCUUUGGGAAAUCAUCUUGCGCCAUGUUAGAGAGAAGACGCGAGAGAAGGUCACGCACCUCGCCGCAAACGAUGGCAUCCCUUUGACAGUGGCCACACAACCCGGCACACAGGGGUCUGCACACGACAGCCCCGAGGAGCAACUGCAUCAGCAACAGCAGGAGAACGUGUUGAGGAGUCCGAUCGGCCUGCGCAUCCUGCAUGGCGACUUUGGGCCGUCCGAGACGCCGAGCCGGACUGUCACCAGCGAUGACUUCGCUCGGGCCUUCUGGGCACGCACGAAACAAAACGGCAUCCACCAGACCUGGGCCCCGCGCUGGACCAUGUUUUCCAGGGGCAACGUCAAGGAAAAGGCCCGGCUUCUUGCCUUUCACGACGCCCCAAAAUCUCCGAGCGACGAAACGUCCCAACUGGCGCAUAGGGUGCAAUCGCGGGCGACGCUCAGCAAGUCAUGGGCUGUCGACCUCUACGCCGGGAUAGGCUACUUCGUCUUCUCGUACGCCAGGCUCGGCAUGAGGGUCCUAUGCUGGGAGCUCAACCCGUGGAGCGUCGAGGGCCUGCGCAGAGGGGCGGGCGCAAACGGGUGGCCCGUCAAGAUCAUCCAGGGGCCGGACCUGGCGCGACCCACGCACGAGCUGGUGUCGGAGGAGGACAGGAUCGUCGUGUUCCUAGAGAACAACGAGGAGGCCGCCAGGAGGGUGCAUGAGCUGCGGUCUCGCGGCCUUGACCUGCUGGUGCGACAUGUCAAUUGCGGGCUGCUCCCCAGGAGCGAUGACAGCUGGGAGGCCGCGCGGGCGAUCCUGGGCCGGGCUGAGGAGGGUGGCUGGCUGCAUCUGCACGAGAAUGUUGGAGUCAAAGACAUCGAGCGGCGCCGGAUCGAGAUACAGGGCCUGUUUGAUGGAUUGAAUGAGAGUGAUGGGGCAGCUCGAGCUGCAAAGGUUGAGAAUGUAGAAUUAGUGAAGACAUUCGCGCCAGAUGUGUGGCACUGCGUCUUCGAUGUCUAUAAUUAUAAGGCAUAG